CACAGCACGUGACCCAGCUGCCACCUCGAAGGAACCGCGAAGUGCAUGAUGGGCGUGGGAGGGGCCAGGGCUGGCCUAGGGGCGGCUUCCGUAGGAAGGGAAGAAAGCAACUGAUGGGGAGAGCAUGAACACAGUCCCACAAUACCACAAAUACACGGUCAAGUUUCUCACAUUUGGGGAAAUGGCAGGGGUCAGCACAUCGGAGUGCAGUGGAUAAACCUCACCCUGGGAAAACCACCUUCAUGAUCAUGGUAUCUCCCUUGCCAGGUACCUAGCUUCCUGUGGUAUACUGAUGAGCAGAGCUCUUCCAUUACAUACCUCAGUUUUGCCUAAAGAGAUAUAUGCAAGAACGUUCUUCAAGAUCACUGCACCAUUAAUAAACAAAAGAAAAGAAUAUUCAGAGAGAAGAAUUAUAGGAUACUCAAUGCAAGAAAUGUAUGAUGUGGUAUCAGGAAUGGAGGAUUACAAGCAUUUUGUUCCUUGGUGCAAAAAAUCAGACAUAAUAUCAAAGAGAUCCGGAUAUUGUAAAACACAACUAGAAGUUGGCUUUCCACCUGUUUUGGAGCGAUAUACAUCAGUAGUAACCUUGGUAAAACCACAUUUGGUAAAGGCAUCUUGUACUGACGGGAAACUUUUCAAUCAUUUGGAGACUAUUUGGCGUUUUAGCCCAGGUCUACCUGGCUACCCAAGAACUUGUACCUUGGAUUUUUCAAUUUCCUUUGAAUUCCGCUCACUUCUGCACUCUCAGCUUGCGACGUUGUUUUUUGAUGAAGUUGUAAAACAAAUGGUAGCUGCCUUUGAAAGAAGAGCAUGUAAGCUGUAUGGUCCAGAAACAAAUAUACCUCGGGAAUUAAUGUUUCAUGAAGUUCAUCAUACAUAAAAGGGAAAUAAGAAUUGGUACCACCUACUUUUGACUAGAUCCUUCACUCUUAGGAAGUACUUUCAUGAUCUGUUCAGAAGUCAGAAAGCUUGUUAAAUCAGCUUUGAUUAUAAACCUGCUCCACUGAAAGUUUGCACAUUGAAUAUGAACCCACUUGUACAUAGAAUUAUUUUUUCAAUCAAAUGUAAUUCAAAGUAACGUGUACAUUAGCAGGUUCUGCCUUUAUAGUAAUGAAUGUUAUCACUGUUGCUAGGAUAUGUCACCUUUGAGCACAAACUGAAACUAAUUUAAGCCUUUAAAUUAUCACCCUAUGUGAAAGAGGUUAGCUAAUACAGUGUGUGUUACAUUAACCAUAUCAUGUUUAAGUUAUUAAGCUCAGAGUAUUUGUAACUUAUUAUUAUUAGGCCUGCCAUAUAGCUUAGGAUAUUUGAAUAAUCAUCAUAUAUUUAAAGUUAAAACUUUAAUUUAAAAUACUGUUAAUGAAGGUUCCUACCACUUUCUGUAUUUUUAAAUUGUUCUGAUGGGUAGUUGUAGAUAAUUCAGUGCUCUAGAGAAGCUGAUUCUCAAAUAAACUAUUUUUUUGGUAAGUGGUCCAAAGCUUUGAGCUACUUUUCUAGUCAUUUGCAACCUUCUCCCAGGUGCUUUUUUGUGGGCUUUUUAAAAAAUGCUAAUUGCCUGUCAGUUUUAGGCAACAGAUAAAGAUGAGUUGGUUGAUGCAUCUCUAGCACUGUGUAUCUCUAUUUUCUAUUUAUUGUGUAUGUUCACUUUCAAUAAUAUAUUCUAAACAUAUUUUUUAAAACAAUGUAAAUGCUGAAGUAGUAAUAAAGUUAAUUUGUUUAUUUUUUGCACAGUUACUUUGGUUCUUUAGAUCUUCUAUAGUAGUUCCAAUGUGUAUUUGGGCAGGUGUCCUAGUUUGCAUCUCUUGCUGUAAUAAACACCGUGACCAAAAGCAACUUGGGGAGGAAAGGGUUUGUUUCAGUUUCCAGGAUGCAGUCCAUGUCAAGUGAAACCAGGCCAGGACCUCAAGGCAGAGCCCAUGGAGGAACGCUGUUUACUGGCUUGUUCUCAGGCUCUCAUUCAGCUACCUUUCUUAUACUGCCCAAGGCCACCUGUCUAGGAAUGGUACCACCUACUUUGGGCUGGGCCCACCUACAUCAAUUGGCAAUCCAGAAAAUGUCCCACAGAUGUGCCCAGAGAGGCAUAUUCUUCAAUUGCAGUUGACUCUUCUUGGGUGACUCCCGUCAUCUUAACAGCUCAAGGUUAACUAUGAUCACAGAAAUAAAGUAUUAUAGUAUUUCUUGUCUUAUAAGUACUUUCAUGGGUGUAACACCCUAGAUGUGAUCCCCAUCACUGUCUACACACACACACACACAACUUUGACAGAAACUGACAAAUCUGGGCAAAACUCAAUCUUUCUUUAGUCAAUAUUGAUCUCCUUCCCUCCUUUCACUCUAUACAGAAUAAUCUUUUGACAUUAAACUUCCCAUCAUAGUGCUUUUUAACCUUAUUUGGUACAUGUAUGGAUUUGCUCAAUAAAUCUGUUGAGUACCUACCUGCUGUCUCUCAGGAACUAGUGGAACUUUGUUGUGUUUCUACACAAAUAAAACAUUUCCCAUUUGCA